GGCGGAGCGAGCGGGGAAGAAGCAGGAAGUGGAGGACACAUGGAGGGUGUGUCCGCCGCCGCUGCCUCUCUGUCCGGGUUACUUUCAUAAAAACACCGGCCUCCACCCGCCGCUCCGCCGCCGCGGUGAGCUGACCAGAUGGGGGACUCGGCGCGGACCAAGCGGCGGGAGCAGCUGAAGCGCUGGACCGGCUCCUGCACCGACCGGGCGUCGGACGUUCCCCGGCGGAGGUGGGUCGGAGACGGAGAGCCCGAGGCCGAGGAGAGCGAGCCCAGCGCGGGCAGAGACGAGGCCAGCCCCGGCCUGAGACGACGGAAACGGGUGCGCUUCGACCGGGCCGCCGAGUUUCUGGCCGCCUGCGCCAGCGGAGACACCAAGGAGGCCCAGGCCAUGCUGGAGGAGGUGGAAGCGGCCGGCCGUAAGAGCGAGGGCGCCGUGACGGACAUCAUCAACUGCUCCAACGCCGACGGCAUCACGGCGCUGCACCAGGCCUGCAUCGACGGCAGCAUGGACAUCGUGGCCUUCCUGUGGGAGCACGGCGCCAGCGUGAACCAGGUGGACAAUGAGGGAUGGACGCCGCUGCAUGUCGCCGCCUCCUGCGGCUACCCUGAGAUUGCAGACUUCCUUUUACAAAAAGGAGCGUCUAUCUCCGCCGUCAACUGCGACGGGGACGUGCCUGUGGACAUCGCUCUGGACGAGACCACCGAGUCGCUGCUUCAGCAUCACAGCCUGAGACAAGGUGUGGACCUGGACGCCGUCAAGCGCCUGGAGGAGGAGCAGAUGAUGUCCGAUGCUCGGAUCUGGCUGACCGACGGCGCGCCCGCCGACGUACAAAACCCGAAGACCGGGGCCACCCCGCUGCACGUGGCGGCGGCCAAAGGCUACCUGGAGGCCCUGAAGAUCCUGUGUCAGUGCGGGCUGGACGUGUCGGCCGUGGACCUGGACGGCUGGACGCCCCUCCACGCCGCGGCCCACUGGGGCCAGGGCGAGGCCUGCCGCGUUCUGGCCGAACAGCUGUGCAACAUGGAGGCUCGCAGCAACGGGGGUCAGACGCCGUUCGACGUGGCGGAUGAGAGUGUGGAGGAGCUCCUGGAGGAGCUGUCACAGAAACAAGCCAAUUGGCGUAAUGAGCGGUCGGUACAGGAGCCACAGAACCCGCCGGGCCCCGGCGCCGCCAACACGCAGGGCAAGAAACGCAGGAGCUCGGUGUGCAGGAUGAGCAGCAAGGACAAGAUGACGGUGCAGGACCAGUCCAAGGAGAGGGGCGUCUCCGGGGGCCUGGAGCUGAGCGAGGAGAGGGAGAACAGCCCCGAGACCUCCACCUCGUCCAGUCCGGACCCCGACGCCGGGACCACGUCCGCCGCCCCGCACGACCAGACGCUGCAGGACCGGGAGGAGGAGGAGCAGAAGGAGGAGCAGAGGGAGUACGAUAAGGCCGUGGCCAGAGUCCAGCCCACUCCUCAGAACAGGGACUCGGCCGCCGACAGCCCCAACACCCCCAGCUCAGACCACCGCAAGUUUCAGGCUCCGGUCCGGGACGAGGAGUCGGAGUCUCAGAGGAGAGUCCGCUCUCGCCUGAUGCGUCAGUCUCGCCGCUCCACACAGGGGGUGACCAUGACGGACCUGAAAGAGGCCGAGAAGUGUGUGGGCCGAGGCUCGGACCCGCCUCCUCGCAGCGUCCAGUCGGUCAGCCCCAUCGUGACCAUCACCCCCGCUGAGAGAGACACCGACCCGGUGAAGCCGGGCGAGCCGGAGGGCGACCGGCGUCUGGGCGUGAGGAGCAGGAGGAGGACGAGGACGGAGCGACGCUCCACCGGCAUCAUCCAGCCCGGAGAGGAGAACGACGACGGCGACGCGCCGCUGGACGACUCCGGCAGUAACGACUCUUCACACGGCUCUCUGCUGGGAGAUCUGUCUGGUGACUACAGAGUGCUGUACUACCAGGUUCUGCAGGAGAACCUCAGACUGAAGGACAAGCUGCAGGAGAUGGAGCUGCAGCUGAGCCAGAACAAGGUGGAGCUGGAGAGACUGCGACAGACUCAGGAGAGCAGCUCGGAGCGCCCCGCCCUGCUGGAGCUGGAGAGAUUUGAGAAGCUGGCUCUGCAGAGGAAGGCGGUGGAGAUGGAGGACGACCUGAAGGUUCUCGGAGACCUCAAGGCCGACAACCAGAGGCUGAAGGACGAGAACGCCGCCUUGAUCCGCGUCAUCAGCAAACUGUCCAGAUGAGGCGGAGCAGAGCGCCGGCGGGGUUCAGGCGCUCCGCCUGUUCCCGAGCAGACCUACUGUAGAACAAGAUGAACCGCACCUCCACCUUUUUUUUUUUUUAAAAUAAGUUUUUAUUGUAUUUUUAAAAAGACGAGAACUGGAAGAUGUGGAUGUGCUUUGCCGUAGCUGUUGUUUGUAUGAGCUCUGUAAAGACGCGCACAGCGGGGGGUGGGUGAGGGGGCGGGGCUGGAAACAUGAGCCGUGGUGACGAUGUGCCAAAAAGCCUCUGGAGCUGCCGGAGGUCAGUGUUGACUCAGGACGAUGGACCAAACGUGCACGCUCUCCCUGCUCCUGAAUGUAUAUUUAAUGUGUGUAUUUAUGUGGCUCCCGGCUGGGGGGGGGAAGGGGGGGGUCCGGAGGGAGAACCAGCGUUCGCCCCGUGACGGCGCCGCCUCCUCAUUGUUUACUUCUCCAACACACUUCCUGCAUGUCGGAGUGGAUUUUGAUGCUGUGCCUUUCCACAUGAGUUUGUAAGUAAAAAGUUGUGUUUUGCUUUCGGCAGAGUUCACUGUCGAGUUCAAAAUACAGUCUGUGCAGAAACAA